AAACCAAACAAAAAAAGUCUCCUAUUACCACUAUUAUUAUCAAGCUUCGGGAGAAAAAAUAAAUCUUUUUUUUAUCAUUUAAAUACAUCAUCUUGAAUUCUGUGCUCCAAUUUAAAUCUAAAUUAUUAUUAUUAUCCAAUUAUCGAUGUCAGGCUUCUUGUUUGAAUUAAUUAUAUCGAUUGUGAUAGUUUUGGAAUUUUUUAAUAGAUUCUCACAUGUGUUUUUGCUUUAAAAUCCAGUAGCUAUUUCAAGCCUUCAUUCUUGUGGUUAGUGUUGUAUGAAUACUCACAACCGCAUUUUCUCUUCCUUUCAUCCUCAAAUUUUCUCAGGAAACAAACAGAGGUCGAGCGAUUCAAAAUAUUCUCAGUGAGAAUGAGGGUCGACGACGCUGUAAAUAAUGAAGGUGCGAAGAGGAGAAGAGGAUGUUCGUGCUCAAAAGACGAUUUUCUCCCCGAGGAGUCGUUCAAGAGCUGGGGCAAUUACGUAAAAGCGCUGAAAGAGACUCCGAAUCGGUUAAAGGAUCGGGUGGUGACCCGAUCCAUGGACGAAACGGAGCUGGUGAAGAUGAAGAGUCGGAGCGAGAACGAGAUGAAGAAGACACUGAAUUGGUGGGACCUGAUGUGGUUGGGGAUGGGAGCGGUGAUCGGCGCCGGAAUAUUCGUUCUCACCGGAGUCGAAGCCAAGGAAUCUGCCGGCCCCGCCAUCGUCUUAUCCUACGUCGUUUCGGGUCUCUCCGCUUUGCUUUCUGUUUUUUGUUAUACUGAAUUUGCCGUUGAGAUUCCAGCUGCGGGUGGUUCUUUUGCCUAUCUAAGAGUGGAACUCGGGGACUUCGUGGCAUUCAUAGCAGCCGGCAACAUCAUUCUGGAAUACAUUAUCGGUGCAGCCGCAGUGGCUCGAUCAUGGACCUCCUACUUCGCCACUCUAUGCAACCACAACGCCAAUGACUUCCGCAUCAAAGUCGACAGCCUCCCCGAGGACUACAGCCACCUCGACCCCAUCGCCGUCGUCGUCCUCGCCAUCAUAUGUGUCAUCGCAGCGCUUAGCACCAAGGGCUCAUCUCGCCUAAACUACGUCGCUUCGAUCGUCCACAUUGUGGUGAUUGUAUUCAUCAUCAUCGCUGGCCUCACCAACUCCAACACAGCUAACUACACGCCAUUUGUACCCUUUGGCCCCCGUGGCAUCUUCAAAGCCUCGGCGGUGAUCUUCUUCGCCUAUCUCGGGUUCGACUCCGUGGCAACCAUGGCUGAGGAGACCAAAAACCCCGGUCGAGACAUCCCCAUCGGGCUAGUCGGGUCAAUGGUGAUCACGACUGUGUUGUACUGUUUGUUAUCCUCAACACUGUGCCUAAUGCAGCCAUACAAACAGAUAGACAAGGAUGCACCCUUUUCUGUGGCGUUUGAGGCUGUUGGAAUGGACUGGGCAAAGUAUCUAGUAGCUGCUGGGGCCUUGAAGGGCAUGACGAGUGUGUUGUUGGUCGGAGCAGUGAGCCAGGCUCGUUAUGUAACACACAUAGCUCGGAGUCAUAUGAUCCCUCCAUGGCUAGCUAAAGUGAACAAGCGAACUGGGACUCCUAUCAAUGCCACUGUGACCAUGCAGGUUGCCACAGCCGCAGUAGCCCUAUUCUCCAAGUUAGAGAUUCUCGCCAGCCUCCUCUCAAUCUCAACGCUCUUCAUUUUUAUGCUUGUGUCCACGUCCCUCAUCAUACGGCGGUACUACGUUAGUGGGGUCACGAAUAAAGUCAACAGAAGCAAGCUCAUUCUCUGCUUAGUGGUUAUUCUCGGCUCUUCAGCAGCUACAUCUGUUUAUUGGGCCAACAGCGAGGGUUGGGUUGGGUAUGUGAUUUCUGGACCUUUGUGGUUUUUGGGUACUUGGGUGCUUUGGACUUUUGUCCCACAAGCCCGGACCCCCAAAAUCUGGGGUGUCCCUUUGGUGCCUUGGUUGCCUUCUGGUUCAAUAGCCAUUAAUAUCUUCCUUCUUGGGUCUAUAGAUAAAGCCUCGUAUGUGAGGUUUGCUUUGUGGACUGGGGUUAUGUUGGUGUACUAUUUCUUAUUUGGAUUACAUGCUUCUUAUGAUAGUGCCAAGGAAUAUGAGAAUAAAAUGGUGGAGGGAAAUGCGUCUUCAGUGGUCAAAGAUUCUGAGUCUGGUAUUGUUCCUAAAAGUUAGUUCAAUUUCUUUUUAUGUAGUGAGGUUUUUAAUGUAUAUUAAUGUUGUACGACUCUGCUUCUCAUGCUGUGAUUUUAAUUUUUCUUUUUGAAUAACUUGCAAUACUAGUCUAGGUUUUAAUUUUUUGGUUUUUCUCCUUCUAUUGUGAAGUACUAUUGAGAUAUAAUUAAUAUGAUUAUUUGCUUGUUAA